AUGGUUGCUUUCAGCGCUGGAGCGCUCCUUCUGACGCUGCGCGUCCUCCUCUCCGCAACUCCCUCGGCAGCCGCGCCUGUAGCCCAAGCGCCAGAGACACCGCAGGCCGGCGCCUCUGGCUAUUGGUUUGAGAGCAUCAAGCGAUCAGGUCAAGCCCCCUUCAACCCCACUCCCGCAAACUACCAGGUCUUCCGCAACGUCAAGGAACUCGGUGCCAAGGGUGACGGUGUCAGUGAUGACACUGAUAUCAUCAACGAGAUCAUCGCCUCUGGCGACCGCUGUGGCCUGAAGUGCGACUCGUCGACUAACACUCCCGCCAUCAUCUACUUCCCCGCCGGUACCUACUUGAUCAGCAAGCCCAUCAUCCAGUACUAUUACACCCAAUUUGUCGGCGAUGCUACCAACCUGCCCACUCUGAAGGCUUCGGCCGACUUUAAGGGCAUGGGCUUGAUCGAUGCCGACCCUUACAUCGAGGGUGGCAAUGGCGCCAACUGGUACACUAACCAGAACAACUUCUACCGCCAGGUUCGCAACUUCGUCAUCGACAUUUCCCAGACCAAGGCUGCCGCUGGUAUCCACUGGCAAGUCUCCCAGGCCACUUCGCUCCAAAACAUCCGUUUUGAAAUGGCCAAGGGUGACGCUGGCAAGGACCAGAAGGGUAUCUUUCAAGACAACGGCUCCGGUGGUUUCAUGUCUGACCUGACCUUCAACGGUGGUGCUAUUGGUGCUUUUCUCGGUUCCCAGCAGUUCACCACCCGCAACCUGACCUUCAACGACUGCGGCACCGCCAUCUUCAUGAACUGGAACUGGCUAUGGACCCUCAAGAGCAUCUUCAUCAACAACUGCAAGCUUGGUCUCGACAUGGCUAACAGCCCCACCAAUCAGACUGUCGGAUCCGUCCUACUCCUCGACAGCAAGUUCACUGGUACUCCUAUCGGUGUCAACACUUCCUUCACUCAGGACAGCAUUCCCCACACUGGUGGUAGUCUCAUCAUCGACAACGUCGACUUUGAGGGUUGCGCCACUGCCGUCCAGAAUAUCGCUGGUGAGGCUCUCCUUCCGGGCAACAAGAAGGUCGCUACUUGGGCCCAGGGUAACGCCAUGGCCGCCGGUCAGGCUGCCGCCGGUCGUAUUCAGGGCGAUGUCAACGGUGCUCCUGAGAAGCCUCAGAGCCUCCUCGGCAACAACGGUUGGUUCGAGCGCAGCAAGCCCCAGUACGAGAACGUCUCGGUCGACAAGUUCGUCAGCCUCAAAGCCAAGGGCGCAAAAGGUGACGGUAAGACUGAUGACACUGAUGCCAUUCAAGCCGCCAUCGACGGUCUCCAAGAUGGCCAGAUCCUCCACGCCGACCACGGUGCAUACCUCAUCACAAAGACCAUCGACAUCCCUGCCGAGAAGAACAUCAAGAUUGUUGGUGAGAUCUACACCAUGUUCAUGAUCACCGGCAAGUUCUUUGGCAACAUGGACGACCCUCAACCUGGUUUCCGUGUCGGCAAGAAGAGCGGUGACAAGGGCAGCUUCGAGAUGUCUGACGCCAUCAUCACCACUCAAGGCCCUGCCCCCGGCGGUAUCUUGAUGGAGUGGAACAUCAACGCUGCUGCUGGCAAGGCCGGUCUCUGGGACGUUCACUUCCGUGUUGGAGGUUUCGCCGGUACCAAGCUCCAGUCUACAACAUGCAAGAAGAACCCUACCGCCCAGCACGAACCCAACCCAGAGUGUAUAGGUUCCUUCAUGCAGCUCCACAUCACCAAGAACUCCAAUGGUUACUUUGAGAAUGUUUGGCUGUGGACCGCCGAUCACGAGCUCGACGAGAAGGAUUUCUCCCAGAUCGACAUCUACAACGGUCGUGGUAUGCUCGUCGAGUCCCAGGGCCCCGUCUGGCUUGUCGGCACUGCUUCCGAGCACUCUCAGAUGUCGCAGUACCAGUUCCAGGGUGCCAAGGACAUCUGGUACGGUGCCAUCCAGACCGAGACACCUUACUACCAGCCCAACCCCCUGCCGACGGUACCCUUCAAGAAGAACGAUAAGUACUUCGACCCUGACAUGACCGAUCUCAAGGCUGCCUGGGCUGUUCGUAUCAUCAACAGCACCAGCAUCUGGAACUACGGCUCCGGAACCUACUCGUUCUUCGACAACUACUCGCAGGACUGUGUCGCCAACCAGAACUGCCAGGAGCACAUGAACCAGAUUGAGGAUUCGACCAACGUCAACAUCUUCGGGCUCAGCUCCAAGGCAUCGGUCAACAUGAUCACGUCGGGUGGCAAGGGUCUGCUCAAGGACAAGGACAACCGUUCUAACUUCUGCGCCACCGUUGCCAUCUUCGCUCAGGCAUAA